CCUCGUCCCGCGGCGCUGUGACGCUGAAGCGCAGCAGCAGGUGCUGGGGACGGGCCCUGGGUGCCUCCUGCCCUGCAGCCCAGAGCCAGGCUCCAGCACAGACCUGCCACCAGUGACCCCAAAGGGAGGGAAACCCCUCUGGAGACACCAUGCGUGAGUGCAUCUCUGUUCACGUUGGCCAGGCUGGAGUGCAGAUAGGAAAUGCGUGCUGGGAACUCUUCUGCCUGGAGCACGGCAUUCAGCCCGACGGCACCUUCAAGGACCUGCAGGACAAACUCAGCUCUGAUGACUCCUUCACCACAUUCUUCAACGAAACAGCCACUGGGAAGCACGUGCCACGGGCUGUAAUGGUGGACUUGGAACCAACUGUGGUAGAUGAAGUACGGGCUGGCACCUUCCGAGAACUUUUUCACCCAGAACAGCUGAUCACUGGAAAGGAAGAUGCAGCCAAUAAUUACGCCCGUGGCCACUACACCAUUGGCAAGGAAAGCAUUGAUAUGGUGCUGGAUCGUGUCCGUAAGCUGACCGAUGCCUGCUCUGGGCUGCAAGGAUUCCUGAUCUUCCACAGCUUUGGUGGCGGUACCGGCUCUGGAUUUACCUCCCUGCUGAUGGAACGCCUCUCUGUGGAUUACGGAAAGAAGUCCAAACUGGAAUUCGCCAUCUACCCAGCCCCUCAGGUCUCCACUGCUGUGGUGGAACCCUACAACUCCAUCCUGACCACGCACACCACGCUGGAGCACUCGGACUGCGCCUUCAUGGUGGACAACGAGGCCAUCUACGACAUCUGUCGCCGCAACCUGGCCAUCGAGCGCCCCACCUACACCAACCUGAACCGCCUGAUCAGCCAGAUCGUGUCCUCCAUCACCGCCUCGCUGCGCUUCGACGGCGCCCUCAACGUGGACCUGACGGAGUUCCAGACCAACCUGGUGCCCUACCCGCGGAUCCACUUCCCGCUGGUCACCUACGCGCCCAUCAUCUCCUCGGACAGGGCGCACCACGAGCAGCUCUCGGUGGCCGAGAUCACCAAUGCCUGCUUCGAGCCCAACAACCAGAUGGUGAAGUGUGACCCGAGGCACGGCAAGUACAUGGCCUGCUGCAUGCUCUACCGCGGCGACGUCGUCCCCAAGGACGUCAACGUAGCCAUUGCUGCCAUCAAGACCAAGAGAACCAUCCAGUUUGUCGACUGGUGUCCAACCGGCUUCAAGCUCCUUGACUGCCUCCUGCUCCUGCUGUUGUCCAGCCUUCUCUCACAUCCCUGUUUCCAGGUUGGGAUCAACUACCAGCCUCCUACAGUGGUUCCUGGCGGAGACCUGGCCCAAGUUCAGCGGGCAGUCUGCAUGCUGAGCAACACCACGGCCAUCGCCGAGGCCUGGGCAAGGCUGGACCACAAGUUUGACCUGAUGUACGCCAAGAGAGCUUUUGUGCACUGGUAUGUGGGGGAAGGCAUGGAGGAGGGAGAGUUUGCAGAGGCCCGAGAGGACCUGGCUGCCCUGGAAAAGGACUAUGAAGAAGUGGGAACUGACUCGUUUGAAGAAGAGAAUGAUGGGGAGUGAUUUUAAAAUACAUUUUGUUCCUGGUGAGCA